UGUCACAUUCGUUUCAACUUUCCUGUGAUUUGAGACACGUAUGGCGUCAUUAGCACUGGCCAGUAUACUGGUGAAUAUUACGGAACAUACCCAAUAUGUCAGUGUCACAUUAGUAUAAUAGCGGAUAAUAUUGGUAACACAAAUUAAUACUUAUUAAAAAUCAAGUUGUACUACAUUUUUGAAUCAAGCAGAAUUAUUUUUUUAAUCCAGUAUAAUGGGAAGACCAUUUAGAGUAUCCGAAAAACAAGCAAUUUUAAAAUACAUCGUAGCCCGGAAAGAAUAUGAAAGAACUACAGGAGCCGAUUUGUGGAGGGAAAUGGAGCGAUCUUUUAACAAUGGGAGAUCGUGGCAGUCAUUAAAGGAGCAUUAUAAAAAAGUUUUAGUAAAUGAAUUACAUAGAUUUGAUUUUUUGACAAAUGAAGAGAUCCAAAGUUUUAGAUCCAAAAAAUACAUCCCAAAUAUUGUACCUAUUGUGGAAUCAUCAGGGCAGAGAUUGGAAAACGAUCGCGAUGGAGCGACUGGAAAUAAUGAGAAUCAAAAUAAUGAAGAAUCGAGCGAAAAUAACGACACCUCUUUUGAAAAUAAUGAAGUCACAUUAGAAAUGAAUAAUUCUGUGGAUAGAUAUGCAAUGAUCGAAGAAUUGCUCUGUUUAGAAUGUAUGGAAAAGGAACUACUCGCAACAACCUACGAUACUGGUUUCUGCGUCGAUUGUCAUCUCACACACAAAAUAACAUUUGAGAAUAAUCAAAUCAAAGAAAUUCGUCGUACGUAAAUAAAGACGUAGGAGAAGGGAAAUGUAGGCUAAUGUGAUAACAAACCUAACGUCACAUAUGCUCAAUAUACCACCGAUGAAAUAAAUAAGAAGAAAUAAAAAAAGUAUAUUUUUUUUAAAUUUUACGAUGAAAA